GGCGGCCCCGGCCCUGCCCCAGCCCCGGCUGCGGCGGAGGCAGCGGCGGAGCCGGCGGGGCGGCGGCGGCGGCGGGAUGGCGGCGCCGCUGAGCGACGGGGACCGUCGGAAGCAGAUCAGCGUGCGGGGCAUCGCGGGGCUGGGGGACGUGGCCGAGGUGCGCAAGAGCUUCAAUCGGCACCUCCACUUCACCCUCGUCAAGGACCGCAACGUCGCCACCCCCCGCGACUACUACUUCGCGCUGGCCCACACGGUGCGCGACCACCUGGUGGGGCGCUGGAUCCGCACCCAGCAGCACUACUACGAGCGGGACCCCAAGCGCAUUUACUACCUGUCCCUGGAGUUCUACAUGGGUCGCACUCUGCAGAACACCAUGGUGAACCUGGGCCUGCAGAAUGCUUGUGACGAAGCCAUUUACCAGCUGGGUUUGGACUUGGAGGAGCUGGAAGAAAUUGAAGAAGAUGCUGGACUGGGAAAUGGAGGCCUGGGCCGCCUGGCAGCCUGUUUCCUGGACUCCAUGGCCACACUGGGGCUGGCAGCGUAUGGUUAUGGCAUCCGCUAUGAGUUUGGGAUCUUCAACCAGAAGAUUGUAGAUGGCUGGCAGGUGGAGGAGGCGGACGACUGGCUGCGCUACGGCAAUCCCUGGGAGAAGGCCCGCCCCGAGUACAUGCUGCCGGUGCACUUCUACGGCCGUGUGGAGCACACCCCCGAGGGGGUGAAGUGGAUCGACACCCAGGUUGUCCUUGCCAUGCCUUACGACACCCCAGUGCCUGGAUACAAGAACAACACUGUGAACACCAUGAGACUCUGGUCUGCCAAGGCCCCAAACGACUUCAACCUCCAGGAGUUCAAUAUGGGUGACUACAUCGAGGCAGUGUUGGACAGAAACCUGGCAGAAAACAUAUCCAGAGUCCUGUACCCAAAUGAUAAUUUCUUUGAAGGCAAGGAGCUGAGGCUGAAGCAGGAGUACUUUGUGGUGGCUGCCACCCUCCAGGACAUCAUCCGCCGCUUCAAGUCCUCCAAAUUUGGCUGCCGAGACCCUGUGAGAACAUGCUUUGAAACCUUCCCAGACAAGGUGGCUAUUCAGCUAAAUGACACCCACCCUGCCCUGUCCAUACCAGAGCUGAUGCGAAUCCUGGUGGAUGUGGAGAAAGUGGACUGGGACAAGGCCUGGGAGAUCACAAAAAGGACCUGUGCCUACACCAACCACACUGUGCUGCCUGAAGCCCUGGAGCGCUGGCCGGUCUCCAUGUUCGAGAAGCUGCUGCCGCGGCACCUGGAGAUCAUUUACGCCCUCAACCAAAUGCACCUCGAUCGUGUGGCAGCUCUGUACCCAGGGGACAUCGACCGUCUGCGGAGGAUGUCGGUGAUCGAGGAGGGAGACUGCAAGCGGAUCAACAUGGCUCACCUCUGCGUCAUUGGCUCCCACGCCGUCAACGGCGUGGCCCGCAUCCACUCUGACAUUGUGAAGAACUCGGUGUUCAAGGAUUUCUAUGAGCUGGAGCCAGAAAAGUUUCAGAACAAGACCAAUGGGAUCACGCCGAGGCGCUGGCUCCUGCUGUGCAACCCAGGAUUGGCCGACAUUAUUGCUGAGAAAAUUGGGGAAGGCUUUAUCACAGAUCUGAGCCAGCUGAAGAAGCUACUGGAGUUCAUCGAUAACGAGACUUUUAUCAGGGAUGUGGCAAAAGUCAAGCAGGAGAACAAGCUGAAGUUUGCAGCCUACCUGGAGGAGCAGUACAAGGUGAAGAUCAACCCCAUGUCCAUGUUUGAUGUCCAGGUGAAGCGAAUCCACGAGUACAAGCGGCAACUGCUGAACUGCCUGCACGCCAUCACCCUCUACAACCGCAUCAGAUGUAAUCCAUCCAAAUCCUUUGUGCCCAGGACCAUUAUGAUUGGAGGAAAGGCGGCCCCUGGCUACCACAUGGCCAAGAUGAUCAUCAAACUCAUCACAUCCAUUGGUGAGGUCAUCAACAAUGACCCCUAUGUGGGGGACAAGCUCAAGGUCAUCUUCCUGGAGAACUACCGGGUAUCCUUGGCCGAGAAAGUGAUCCCAGCAGCGGAUCUCUCCCAGCAGAUCUCCACAGCUGGCACGGAGGCCUCAGGUACUGGCAACAUGAAGUUCAUGGUGAACGGGGCCCUCACCAUUGGUACCAUGGACGGGGCCAACGUGGAGAUGGCUGAGGAGGCGGGCGAAGAAAAUCUCUUCAUAUUUGGCAUGCGGGUGGAGGACGUGGAGGCCCUGGAUCGGAAAGGGUACAACGCCCGGGAGUACUACGAGAGCCUGCCCGAGCUGCGCCAGGCCAUCGACCAGAUCACCAGCGGCUUCUUUUCCCCUCGAGACCCCGGCUGCUUCAAGGAUGUUGUGAACAUGCUCAUGUACCAUGACAGGUUUAAGGUGUUUGCAGACUAUGAGGCCUACAUUAAGUGCCAAGGGCAAGUGGACCAGCUGUUCAUGGAUCCCCGUGAAUGGACAAGGAAAGUCAUCAGGAACAUUGCGUGCUCGGGCAAGUUCUCCAGUGACAGAACCAUCACAGAGUAUGCCCGUGAGAUCUGGGGUGUGGAGCCUUCUGCCACAGCAAUCCCCCCACCCAACCUGCCCCGAAAUUGAUGCAAGCACCAAGGGAAGGAAGGAGGGAUAUGCUCCCAUCGCAGGAGGCCUCACCUGCAUUUCACCACCAGUCAGAUGGGCUCAGCUCUGCAGAACCAAGGCCUUUCCCUCAGAGGGAUAGAAGGAUGCUCUGAGGAGGAGCCCUGACUAAGGAACAAGAGCUGGAGGGCAGGAGAAAGGACCUUGUGUUUGCACCUACCUAGCCUGCAUGUGCUGCAUAGUGCUUUUAGUGACAUGACCAUGGAUAAGUCUUCCAUGGCUGUGCUCCAUGCUUAACAAGGGCUUUCCAAGUAAACCCUCCCCUCCCGCUGUGUGCAAGGGCCUGGCCUCCUUGACCCUGCCCCCAAAAGUAGGAUUAGCCAACACAGAGUGUGUCUUUCUCCUGCAGAGGUCUGCCGGGCCCAAAGCUGAGGGAGAGAGAGGCCCAUCCCUGCCCAUCCCCUUCCCCAGUAUCACCUGAAGAAGGGGGGGCUGGCUGUGAAAGCAGCUGGCCCCAGGGCAGGCACCAAUGUCAAACACUGUGCCACAAGCAGGAGAGCCUGGGAUCAGCCACUUCCUUGCCACAGAGCUUACUGUAGCCUCUUCCACACCUCUUACCUAACUAAAGGCCCAGUAACCAAGCCACUCCAGGGAUUUUUAGCCUCCAUCUCUGCAUAGGGAGGGCUGUACCUGCCACUGCCAGCUGGGUAGCUGAGCCUGCUGCCUCUUGGCUCUGCAGAUACAGCUGUGUGUGUGUGUGCUACUCUGGGGGUGAACAUGGAUCACAUCCCUGGCACUCUUCCAUAGCAGGGUCAUGCUGCUCCACAUGUCCCUCCCAGUGCUGGGGUCACAGUUUAACACCCGUAGUGCUGUGUAGUGCACCAGUACUGCCCUGUUUGACACCAACUCAUUAAAACAACCCAAACACCUGCUGGUUUGA